AUGCCGUCGCCUACUCGAUUCUCUGAUAGACCUCAAUCUCUCUCAACGCGCAGCCCGAACCGGCCCCAUCACCGGAGUCGUCGUGACGAUUCCCAUUCCCAUUCUCAUCGCCACCGACACCGUGAUGUCUCGCGCGAGCGUUCGCGCUCUCCCCACCGAUCGGACAGACACAGAUCAGAUCGACGCCAUCGUCAUGAAGACCGGGAAAAGCGGCGAGAAAGUGGUCGGGAUGAUCGAGAACGACGAGAAAAAGAGAAGCCCGUCCAGCCAGUGAUUCUGCCCUUCCAAGCACGGGAGCUCUCAAGACGCGAUCUCGACACCUACAAGCCAAUGUUCGCCAUGUAUCUUGAUAUUCAAAAGGGGCAUUAUAUAGAUGACAUGGAGGAAGAUGAGGUGAAGGGGCGGUGGAAGAGCUUCAUUCGAAAAUGGAAUCGCGGAGAGCUUGCAGAGGGCUGGUAUGAGCCAGCUACCCUUCAGAAGGCACGUCAGAACGCAGCUGAGCAGCCACGUUUGGAUCGAGGACGUGCAUCACCGGAUUAUGCACAUGGUGAACAAUCGCAAGGUGGGGAUAUCGAGGAUCUUCCGAGAGAUGACAAUGAGGAUGAUGAAGAUGAGGAGGACUAUGGCCCAAAGCUGCCUCACCCUGGCUCGAUAAGAGCUGCGGCCCGCUCCGGUCCUGCGAUGCCGAAUAUGCAGGAUCUUGAAUUUCGAAGAGAAUCUGCGAUGGAAGACGCCAUGGCUGCGCGUGACGAUUCGCGAGAGCAGUAUCGCUCCGAAAUUCGCUCUCAUAAGGCGGAACAGCGCCACCUGUUAGAUGAGGUUGCGCCUCGGGCAGAGGCCGGUACGAGAGAAAGACAGCUCGAGAAGCGCCGAGAGGCAGCCGCGGCCAACCGCUCAUUCGCGGAAGCGCGGGGGGCGUCUCCCGAAGCUGCCCCUGAAGCAGAGCUCAUGGGGUCAGGGGAGAAUGAUUUGGCUGCUUUUAAGCGGGAGAAGGAGCAGAACCAGCGCAAGAAGAAUGAGCGGGAAAUUCGCCGCGAAGAGAUCCUGCGUGCUCGUGCUGCUGAGCGAGAGGAACGUAUCCAGAAGUACCGAGAGAAGGAGCAGGAGACUAUUGGCUGGUUGCAGACUCUGGCAAAGCAGCGAUUUGGCUGA